AUGGCCCUCACCUCGACGGAGGAUCCCUUUAUUCGGGCUUCUCUACCCGGUAGACAACUCGAGUGCACGACUUGGCGGUUUUCGAAUGAGACAGAAGAUGACAAACCUGGGAGGAGUAGAGACAGCAAGACAGCCGCUUCGGUUGCAUGCAUCGUUGCCGCUGAAACGGCCUAUGAGUUGUCUAGCUAUGUUAUGAGGCGCCCGGAGAGGACGAGGUUCAUCAGUCGGCCCGUCGAUGACGACGCCGCAGACAGCGAAGGCACGGGCGAGACCUUCGACUACGAUGGGUUGGCUGGCAUCGGAACCGAGCCGAGGCAGAUUGGGGUUGCUGGCGCGAUGUUCCUGAUUUUGAACAAGAUGAUCGGGACUGGGAUCUUUUCAACCCCUUCCAGCAUAUUCGCGGCCACCGGGUCGGUAGGGAUCAGCUUGCUGCUAUGGGCAGUCGCCGGUCUCCUCACGCUCUCCGGCCUCAGCGUCUACCUAGAAUUUGGCCUCGCCAUCCCCCGAUCAGGCGGGGAAAAGAACUACCUUGAGCGCAUCUUCCGGCGCCCGCGGCGGCUCGCCACCAGCGUCUUCGCCGUCCAGAUCGUCCUCCUCGGCUUCUCCGCCGGCAACUCCCUCGCCUUUGGCCGCUACGUCCUCCUCGCCGUCGGCCACCCUAUGCCCGACGGCUGGAUCCCCCGCGCGAUCGCUGUCGCGUGUAUGACCUUUGUCGUGGUGCUGCACGGGGUGUUUCCGAAAUGGGGACUCCGACUCACGAAUGCCCUCGGCAUCUUCAAGGUCCUCGUGCUAUUGCUGAUCGUCUUCUCCGGGUUCGCGGCCCUUGCCGGUUACCGGCUGGUUCCGGAUCCCCACAACUUUGACGACUUCUGGGCGGUCGAGAAGGGUGACGGGUAUGGCGGCGGCGGGGCCUACGCGUAUGCGACCGCGCUGUUGCAGGUCGUAUACAGCUACAAGGGCUGGGAAAACGCCAACUACGUCAUGGGGGAGCUGAAGAACCCGCAGAGGACGCUCAAGAUCGCAGCCCCCCUUGCGGUUGUAGGGAUUACCGUGCUGUACGUGCUCGCUAACGUCGCGUACUUUGCCGCCAUUCCGAAGAGAGAGCUUGCCAAGUCCGAGGUCAUCGUAGCCGGCCUGUUUUUCCGGAAUAUGUUCGGAGAGAGCGUAGCGGCGAGGAGUCUUCCGGCGCUGGUGGCUCUCAGCAACAUCGGCAAUGUGUUGGCUCUCCUCCUCCACUGGAUCGUCACCAUCAUCGUCCUCCUCGCGCCCCCACCCGGACCAGCCUACAACUUCAUCGUCAACCUAUACACCUCACCCCGGCGACCUGGAUCAACGGCCCUCGUCGGCCGGCGGCCGUCCUGUACCCUCCGCCCUUCGCCGCGCCGAGCGCUGGUCCUCGCCCUGGCAGACCUACUUGCCCGUGCCCGUCGUCUAUCUGUGCUUGAACAUCUUCCUAGUCGUCACCCCCUUUGUGCCGCCCAAUAG